UGGCGGGAGUUCUGCGAGCUGCACGCCCAGGCGGCCGCCGUCGACUUCGCCCAGAAGUUCUGCCAGUUCCUGAAGGAAAACCCCCACUACGACACCCCCGGCGCCGAGGCCUCCUUCUCCCACCACUUUGCGGCCAACUUCUUGGACAUCUUCAGCCUGGAGGUCAGCCGGGUGUUCGUGUCCGACUCGCCCACCAAGUACAACAUCGUGCCCUUUGUGGGGCUGCAGAACUGCCACGUGCCCUACGGGCGAGACGUCGCCCAGAGGAAAGAGGAGACCUCCAUGGAGUCACUGGAGAGCAUGGACCACCCCCUGGGUGCCCACAGGUACCUGAGCCCGUCGCAGCAGGCGCAAGCACGCAAGGUGUCCUCCUACGGCCAGUCCCGCAGCUCAGAGGAUGUGUCUGUCCAUGCCACCUCCAAGCCCAAGUUCAAGAAGGGCUUCUCACUGAGGAACAUGAGCUUGUGUGUGGUGGAUGGCGUGAAGGAGAUGUGGCAUCGGAAGUCCUCCCCGGAGCCGGGCGCCGAGGCCGUGCAAAGUGGCAGGAGGGCCGAGAAGGAGCCGUGGCCGGCGGGGAGCAAGGAGCAUAGCGACCCCCGGGAGAAAUGGACCCACAAGCUGCGGCUUUCCAAGGCGCAGUCCUCCAAGGUGGAGCUGGUGGACAUCCAGAGGGAGGGGACCCUCCGCUACAUGGUGGCCGACGACACGAACUGUGUGGGGAGCUCGCAGUGGCAGAAGUGCCGCCUGCUGCUCAGGAAGGCGGUGAAGGUGGAAGGGGAGAGGUUCCUGCUGGAGUUUUACGUCCCUCCGAAGGCUUCCAAACCAAAGGUGAGCGUCCCGCUGUCGGCGAUCAUCGAGGUGCGGACGACCAUGCCCUUGGAGAUGCCCGACAAAGACAACACCUUCGUGCUGAAGCGUGGAGCUGAAUUGCACUGCAACGGUGACGGGUGGUCAAAAACGUCCCCGUUGCAUGGCUGCGAGCAGAGACGCCCCGUCGGCCGGGCGCGCGGCUGCAGCGUGCCAGCCGGCGUGCAACCGUCCGCUGUGUGCUCUCCUCCCAGGGACAGCGGGGACGACAUCGAGCUCGCCGCCUGCGCGCAGGGAGCCUGCCUGCCGGGCAGGGUGUCCUCCUGCAGCUGCGAAUUUCUGGCUGACGAUGCGCACAGGCCGCCGGACAGAUGUGCCAUGCCCAGCGCUCACAACGCCACCUCUGCCGCCGCCACUGUCGUCACUGAAGAAGAGCUGGGAGCGGGGAAGGCUGGAGCUAUCCCCUCCGCUGCCCCCGGGCUAGGCGCUGCGUCGAGGUGGUGCCUGCUCUGGGUCAAGGCAGCCCCGUUCUUGCUCUCUCUCUCUCUCCUUAAAAUCCUUUUGUCCUCGCGGCCAGGGGAGGAUAGCGAGGCAGAAGCGGAGAUCAACCUCUCCGACUUCCCCUGGUUUCACGGGACUCUGUCGCGGAUCAAGGCGGCUCAGCUGGUGCUGUUCGGGGGCGCAAGGAGCCACGGCUUGUUCGUCAUCCGGCAGAGCGAAACGCGGCCGGGGGAAUACGUGCUGACCUUCAACUUCCAGGGGAAAGCCAAGGUGGGUGCUGCCGACUUCUCAACGAAUAGUUCGUGGGAUCAGCGCCUGGCCAAGCCCUGCGCUGGGUGCUGUCGCGCGUGGCAUCGCUGCCAGGCGGCUCCCGGGAGGGAGGGAGCCCUGGUUGCCCCCGGCUUGCCUGGAGCUGGCUUUUGGCUCUGCUUACGGGGCAGCGGCAGAGCUGCCUGCCUGCUCCAAGGGGAGGGGGUUUGCUUGGGGGAUGCAACCGUCCAGAGCCGAAAGGUGUUAGACGGAGCUGAAAUCCGGAAGCCGGGCAGGCGGCAUGAGCGAGAAGCGCUGGGAUGCUGCAGCCAGCUGGGAUAGUGAGGAAAGGGACUGGAGACAUUCAUGUACUGCGUUAUCCAGGAGAGACGGUGCGUGUCCCAUCCCUGCAGGAGCAAG